UGCUCGUUUUCUUCAUCAGUUAAUGUUUGAGGAAGUGUAUGCAGAUCCAGGAACAAUGAUUUUGAAAGUAUCUCAAGUUAUUCCAUUGAUACUUUCUCUGAUGAAAUUCUCCACGACUACUGCCGCCACCGCUCAUGUGAUCGGCUGGCCCAAGGCAACACUCCCCGACCCUGAAGGCACCGUCAUCACCGGCAUCACCGUAAAGUACGACGAGCCUGACUUUCUUGGGGUCAACAAAUCGGUGGACGCCUACUUGGGGGUUCGCUACGCCGAGCCACCGGUCGGGGCACUUCGGUUCCAAGACCCGAAUCCGUACGCGUACAGAGGGAACUACAACGCGACGGAGGACCAAGAUAUGUGCCUGCAGAUGAUGGUUCUGGACUAUCUAACAGAUCUACCAGGGAAUCCGAUUGAGGGGCGUGAUAUGGGAGAGGAUUGCCUCUUCUUAAGUAUUUACACUCCGUCUCCGAAGGUGAGUAAAAACGUCAGGGCCCCCGUGAUGGUUUGGAUACAUGGUGGAGGUUAUUUGAUAGGAUCGGGUUCGUCCCAUUCCUACGAUGGCGUUCCAUUGGUCGCCAUGUCCGACAUCAUCGUGGUCGCCGUCAACUACCGCCUCGGCGUCUUUGGUUUCCUGACGACGGGAGACGACGUAGCGCCUGGAAAUAUGGGUAUGAAAGACCAAAUAAUGGCGCUCAAAUGGGUGCAAGAAAAUAUAGAAGCUUUUGGAGGUGACCCAGGAAGGGUGACGAUCGCUGGGCAAAGCGCAGGAGGGGCAAGCGUGAGUCUUCACAUGCUGUCUCCGCUUUCAGAGGGCCUUUUCCACCGUGCCAUCAUGCAGAGUGGCAACGCAAUAUGUCCAUUUGCAUGGAGUCCUAUGGACGUAUGUGUUGAAGAUGCUCACGAGUUUGCAGCAUCCCUCAACUGUACUACACACAGUAGUCGGCUGAUGUUAAAGUGUCUACAGGAGGUUAACGCUGAUGUGCUCUUACAGGAACAACGGUAUGGAAGUGGUUACUUUGCGAAACCGGUUGUCGACGGUCAUUUCUUGCCGGACAAUCCGAUUGAGAUGGUAAAGAGACACCGGUUCCAGAACCUCCCAACCCUGAUAGGAACGAAUGAAGACGAAGGUUCAAAUAACGCCAUGUACCAGUUCUUCCCCGGUUCCCUCUUCUCGAAACCGUCAAUGAAUAUAUCCGAAUUUCGUAGCAUCUUGCCGCGGAACCUUUGGUAUGCUAAAGACCCGGUGGAGGUUACUGCGGUCGAGCAAUGGUACGUCGACUGGUCCAUCGCCGACAACGAAACCGCGGAUCAGUUCGACGCCUUGAUCCGGCUCGGGACCGACCAAGCGUUCGCAUGCCCCACGGAGUACCUUGUGCGUGGACUGCAGUCAGCGGGCGUUGAGGUGUACCGCUAUGAGAUGACCCAUGACCCAUCCUGGUCAUUGUUUGGGGGCGUACCCAAGUGGAUGGGGGCGGCUCAUGGGGAAGAUAUACAGUAUGUGUUUGCCUGGGACUUGAACCCGUCGUUCGAACGUGUCGUGGGACAGACAGACGAGGAGAAAUUCAUGUCCAUUGAGUUCAUGAGAUACUGGUCAAACUUCGUUAAAUCCGGCAACCCAAAUGAACCGAUAGGGAGCAGGGAUUACCCCGAAUGGCCGAAGUACACCAUGCCCGACCAAGAAUACAAGCAGUUGUCAUUGAACAUGACCAACGGACGGGCGAUGAGGGCGUCAUCGUGUUCUUUCUGGUUGAACCAUUGGCCGGACCUUCAUUACCUAGCAGCCCCUCCUGAUGAACUGUAUUCAGACUGGCAGGAUCAGUACGCAAGAUGGCGGGACACAGAUAUGAAUGACUGGACGAGUGAAUUCGAAAAGUACAAGGAAAACCAAUGCCCUGAUGCUAGCCCUUAA